AUGCCGAAGCAGCCAGGGACUCAUGCUUUUAGGGCCUUGCUCAAGUCUCUGAAGGAGAAGCAGCAAGGAGAGGUAGAACAAGAUCCAGGAGAUGCAGGAUCACAAUUGUCACAAAAGGAAAAGCAGCUGCAAAACCUUGCAGCUGCAAGGGCCGCCAAAGCAGCAAAGGCGGCCAAAGCUAAAGCUGCUUCAAGAGAAGGCGAAUCGACUUCGUCGCAGGAAAGCUUUGCAGACUUUCCUGUGUUGACGUUUGGGUCCAAGAUGCAACAACAGCUGGCACAGAGUGUAGCAAAAUUGAUGGGGCAGCUGCGCAAGCAGGAGAGUAGCAGCACAAAAGAAUCUUUCCGAUACAUUUUCCAGGAGAAGAGGCCAGUGACUGGUCUUGCAGCGGAGGCUGGCCAUAGGGCUGUGGGCAGAAGAGCAUUCACCAGCUUCUUGCAGGAAGCAGCGUGUUUCGUGGUCCUUUUCGCGAGCUAUUUGGUUGGAAGCAUGCUGACUGGUCUUGGCGCGUUGGUGGCAGAAGGCCUCAAAGAUUUCGGAGACCAAUGCCUUUUCAACAUUGGUUUGGUGACCACAGACAAAUACGGAGCAAACCUCAAAUGUGAGCAAACGAUGGGUCCGAAGGGCAUCAACAGUGCGAAUUCUCAUUAUACAUGUGAUAUUCAUAAACUGGCAACCUGCCAGUCGAAGACUCUCAAGCUCACUGAUGGGCAUAUCAGUGCCCAAAUUGCCGCAGCAAUAUGCUUUUCUGAAGCGGGCAGCACAAGGGCUUUGAGAAAGUCUCUAUUGAAGGUUCUUUCUACAAAGCUGUACGUCUGCUUUGGAGUGUGCCCUCGUGAUGAGUUUGCCUUGGCUUACAGGCAGAAAGUCUUGGAUACCUUCUUGCCACAGUGUGACUGGGAUGAAGAAAGCGGAGACCUACCUGACCAAACUCGCAAACGGAAAAUCCAGCAACAACGUUUGUGCGUUCAAUACUUCUUUCAUUCUGAUCUUCAAGACAAAGACCAAAUUUUCUUCUGGACGACUCAUUGGGGAUUGGAAAAGAAGGAAGUUCUUCAGGUCAUGGAGGAGUUCCUGGUUCCUUACUUACUACCCUGCAAGCCGCCCAUAUUCAGCAGGAGUCGGUGGAAUGGCUUUCAGGGGGCUUUGAGGUGGUUUGGUUUAUUGGAAAUGUGUCACGGUUUGCUCAAACCGACUUUGCAAGAUUACCUUGGGGAUCGCGCAGUGCCAUUGCCUGUGCCAGUUGCAGAGGCAGAGGCCCCUCAGGCCUUGCAUCCUUUGACUCUUGGUCAAGAAGGCCAAGAGGAUGAGCAGCGUGACGCGUCAGAGCAACAUGUGCAAGAAAUGAAUCUGGCAACGGGCGACUUGGACUGGAAAGCCUUUCGGCUGCAAAUGCAACAGAAAGUCCGUUUGUGGAUGCAUGAGCCCAUUGGACCAGCGUUGGCAGUGAUGGCAACUGCAGUGGAUGCGCUGUGCUACUUCUUCAACUGCAUGCUUGAUAUGGGGUCUAAGGAAUGGGAGAGAUCCCAACAAGCUGAAGUUGCCCAAGGAAAGCCUAGAACCUAUCCUGUCCUAGAGGCUGCCAGAGGGACUUUGCUUCAAAAGUUCAGGGCAGAGAUCAACAAGCACUUCCACGAGAGGAUGGCCCUGAUCACAAGAGAUGAUCAUUUAAGGCAAUUCCAAGUCCUGCUGUUCAGAAUGCUGUCGAUAAGCAUGUGCUCUGUGGAGUUCUACGUGGGCACAGCGUGGCACACAUAUCCAGUCCAGCUGUUCUCUUCCCUGGAUGGUCAUCAUCAGGUGUUGAGGGACAAAGAGUGCAUGUGGUGCCCCUUAACCAAGCUCUUGGCCUCCACGUACUCAACCGAGCAGGAGCUUUCAGGUGUUGAGGCUCAGUCAAUACUGCGGUGCGUGGCUUCCAUUUUUGAGCUGGACAUAGCAGACCUCGAGUCUCGCCAUGCAACAACCAGACGAGUGACAGCCAUCCACUCAAUCCAAACCCACUCGCCUGACCUUGCUUUGCUGAAUGCCGACUGGGUAUGCAGGAACAAUGUGAUUGACAGGGCAAGCUCCAGAGUGAAAAGCACCUGUUCUACCAAAGAAGGAGCAAAAGAGAGACCUCAAGACAAAGAGAAGUCUUACAGGGCAAAUGCCUGGAAUGCUUUCAUGAGUGACAGGUGCACCCAAAAGAUUGCCAAAGGAGAAGACAUGGCAAAACUCAAGCGCGAGUACCGCUUAUUGUCACAGGAAGAGAAACAAUUCUAUCAAUCCAUGGCUGAAGUUGCCAAAUGCGCAGCAGAAAGAGGAAUGAAACCCUAUGCACCUGUUCGACUGAACAGUAGCCCUUCUGAUGCAAUGGACGAUGGUGGAACGCUUGCCCCACUGGGCACGUUGGUUGAGGCUACAAGCGCAGUGGGAACUACAGAGGAAGUUGCUGCCCAAGCCCUUGUGUUGGCUUGUGAUGAAGUCCAAAACCUCUUGGCGGGUUCCAAUGCUGAGUAUAGGCGUGUGACCAGGCGACUUGCUUCCUUCACAGAAGUGGCGGAUAGGAGCAUUGAGCAGUUUCAUCAGGACGAGUCCUGCUUGCAAAGGCCAAAGCAAUGCUGCCCAGCUGCCUUUUCCCGCAGUGUGCCUUCGCUGGAUGGGCUGCAUUCAUUCAGGCUGCAUAUGCCUGCAGAUGACUUUGGGGAGGAAUGGAAAAACAUGAAUGAUUUGUACAUUCAUGAUGAGCAGGUGCCAAUCAAUCCCGGAGACAGGGCAAAAACUCAAUCCCUAUGCAAUCAGCUGGGGCUUUGCGUUUGCCAAGACGAUGGCCAGAAGGCAUUGAGGUUUCAGCAGCAGCUUGCAUUCUUUCUUCGCCACGACUUUACCCCAAAGCGCAAAAGGAAGCAAAGGGAUGGUUCUGCUCCAGAACCAUUGUCAGCAGCUGAGACACUGAAGCAAUCCACUCUGAAGCGGAACAGGCAGCUUUUGAGCGAAGCUUUUGUUGUGUUGAGAUUGCAGCCAGCUAUUUCAACACUCCCAGAUGACUAUGAGCCACCCACGGAACGCUCAGUUGUCCACAAUUCAUGGACUGAACUGGCGAUGAAGGAGCUGGGGCUUGAUUUGAGUGGUUCAUCAAGGGCCACAUCUGCAGCGGAUGCGUUGUGGCUUCAUGUUGGCCACGUGAAUUUCAGCAGCUGGUAUAUGGGCUUGCUGGAGCUGAAUCAUGUGUCUGGUCCUGAUGAAACGGGCUAUAUCCGCCUUCAUGUUAGCAAUCCUGCAAAAGCAAGCCACUCCGUCAGGGCAUUUGCUCAGAACAUCAACUUUGACACCACAUGGCAGGUCUCGUGCUACACCAUUGUUAGCAAUUCUUCUCAGCUGACCUUGGAGGAAAUGUCGCCUUACUGGGUAGAAGUUCAGGAGUUCCAAGAUGUAGGCAACAAGAGAGGAGAAAAAAUGGAAGCCAUCAAAAAGAGACAGACUGGCAGCUCUGCCAAAAAGAGAAAACCUGCUGCAGAGCCGUCGAAGGCACCGAAAGCCAAGAAGGCAAGGCCUCUCGAAGGUGGAGAGAAGGCUCCAGAAGCAGAAGCAGGGGCAGAGGCAGAAGAGACUGCGGCAGAAGAGCCUGUGCUGCCAGCAACGGCUGAGUUAGAAGAUGUGGCUGCCAACCACGUUCUCUUGGAUGAAAGCGAUGAUUCUGAUGGUCACAGCUUUGGUUCCAGUGUUUGCAGCCUCCUCCAGGCUUUUGAAUCUGAGUCUGAAGCAGCAGGCUCCGAUUUGGAGAAGUCAGGGCCAGUGCAAAAGAUUGAAACAAAGGAACGUGCUAAACACAUUGUCUCUGGGCCCAGGGCAGCUCCUGUUCCCACCUCAGGUGUGGAUUUCAGCUACCAUGGGGAGCUGAGGUACAACUCAGAACAAAACCACAUUAUGGCUUGCUGCUCCAGACAUGGAAUCGAAUGCAGGAAGGUCAGAACGACCAAGCCAUCUGCUGAUGGUGCUUCGUCCCGCACAGGCCUUAAAAUUGGUCAGGGCAGACCUUUAGGUCUGCUAGCAGCCUGGUUGAAGGUUGCCGAGAAUCACGAUACGGCAGCUAGCCACAAAGACAAUUUCGUGACUCUUUGCAUCACCAGAGCAGAGCGACAAGCGGCCAGGAAUGAAUUCAUGGCCAUUCCUGGGGCUAGUAGAAUUGCUGACAACGAGAGGGCCCGUUACGAUUUUGAAGAUGAUGAGCCCCUUGAAAUGCGCUAA